UUCAUAGGUGUGGAUUCUGAAGGGGGUGCAAGGGACAAGUCCCCUUCAAUCUUUAGAACAUGUAGAACAUUUUGUCCCCCUGAUAAAAAAAUGAAAGUAGCAGAGGACGUUUUUGGACAUAAAUAAAGAGGUUUACACCAUAAAUUGAUGCAGAAAAAGCACAAAUUGAUGCAGAAAAAAAUUAACCAGACGGCAGGAUAUUAAGUGUUUGAUGCUCAAAAUUUUCUGGUGCAGGACCCCUGAAACCCCCCGUUUCAUAUGUCCUCUCCAAAGUUGAAGCAAAGCCUACACCCUUCCAACUAUUAAAUGCUGCACAUCAAAAUAUUCUCUUCCUUUUCUUCUGUGUUGGAACAAUUAUUUAAAUCAGCUGCUGCAGAAAAGCGGAUUUUUGUUUUUGAUCAUUUCUCUAACUAAAACCCACGAGUGCUAAUGAGAGGACUCAACAUAAAACUAUAACAUCAGUAGUCCCACAGCCCCGAGGGUCGUAAGUGGAAAAACCCCUGUUCCAAAUCCAAGCUUAUAUUCAGCGUUAAAAAAAGAAGUCAACAUUUUGUGGCUGAAACCUGACACUUUAUGGGCUGUGGUGUUGGUGAGCAAAGAGGGUGAGGAGAUAGAAAGCCAGGCGUCAGUGCCUACCUUCACUGCUGAGGUGCACAUCCCUCUGGACUGCUGGUCGACCAGCUGGGAAUUCACUUCAAGAAGCUUCUAUCCUCAUCAGUAGUUCUGCAGUAUCUUCUGGUGAAAAUGAGCAUCCUACAAGUUCUGGGUCUCCUGCAGCUGCUGGCUGUACCUACCUUCACUCUGACACGUCCGACCGCUGACUACUGGGGAGAGUUUGGCGCCUAUGGGCCCUGCAGCCGCACCUGUGGCACGGGAGUGGCUAUGAGAACCAGGAAAUGUAUCACUUCGAGGACAGACGGAGGACAUAACUGCUUAGGGUCUUCCAAGUCCUUCCGUAUCUGUAACACACAGGAAUGUCCGGCUGGAUCCAGAGACUUCAGGGAGGAGCAGUGCUCCCAGUUUGACAGAGUAGACUUCCAGAGCAAACGCCAGACAUGGGUGCCUUAUUAUGGAGCAACCAAUCCAUGUGAGCUGACCUGUGUCCCAAGAGGAGAGAACUUCUUCUACAGACACAGACCUGCAGUGGUGGAUGGGACAAAGUGCUACGUGGGCCGCACUGAUAUCUGUGUGGAUGGUGUCUGCAGGAUACUGACCCAGGGAGACUUUAUGGGCCUGGAUGAAGACACUAAUUCCGUACACGCUGCUGCCUCUGUUGCUGUCGCUCCCCACCCAAGAGAGACGCUCACAUAUGUCUACAAGACUGGUGUCUUUGGCCAGUGCUCUGCCUCCUGCAAUGGAGGCAUGCAGUACCGCACCGUGCAGUGUUGGGUUCAGGACCCAGCGAACCCCCGUGUGGUGGAAGAGACUUACUGCAUCACCCAGCGCCUGCAGAGGCCACAGAGCCAGCAGGCCUGCAACAUGCAUGCGUGUGCUGGUUCUGCUGGUGCUGCUAUUUCUUCUGCUCCUGCUGCUGAGUACAGCGUCUCCAGCUUCAGUGUGUGCUCUGUGACUUGUGGGGAAGGCCAGCAGACGAGGGAGGUGACCUGCGUGGGUGCGAGAGGUGAACACCUGCCUGAGCGCGCCUGCAGUGGACUGGCAAGACCCGCUUCUGUCCAGACCUGCCGACGACCUGCCUGCCACACAUACAUCACCUGGCAUGUGACUGACUACGGACUGUGCACUAGGAGCUGCGGUGGUGGUGUGAGGGAGAGGAGAGUGGGCUGCUUCGACACCGAUCUGAACCCUUACCCAGAGGACCAGUGUGGCCCAGCUAGCAAACCCGUCUCUGUGGAGACAUGCAACGCUCAGCCAUGCCCCAGGGCACAAUUGGUCCCAAGUGUGCAGGACCCCAGGGCACAUGAAAACAUCAUAAGAGGAUUUGUACCUCAUGUUCCAGCAGACCCUUCAGCUUCCAGGCCACAAACAAACAUUGUAUAUGAUCCCUAUCCUGCUGCGGUCGGUCCUCACUGCACACAGUCAUAUUAUGGCUGCUGUCCUGACGGCUACACCUCUGCCACGGGGCCCAGGAACGAGGGCUGCUACCAGAAUGACUGUGUUCGCACCAGGUUUGGCUGUUGUCUGGAUGGGGUGACUCCAGCUCAAGGAUUUGGAAGGAUUGGAUGUCCUGAGUUCCUGACAACUGUGCAAAACCCACCACCUCCAGCCCCUCCAUCCACCGGUGACGUAUGCUCCUUGCCUCGUGACGAAGGCCCCUGUGAUACCUGGAAGGUCCGCUUCUACUACGACUCAGGCACUAGCAAAUGUACCGAGUUCUGGUAUGGAAGCUGCCACGGCAAUGCUAAUAACUUCAUGACCCUGGAGGCAUGCCAGAGAGAGUGUGGGGGUGCAGUGAGGGAGACCUCACCUGCACCUCGCAGAGCGACCCCAAGGAGAGGGUCAUCCAGCAGUGCUUCAAGGGCGAGGGCAUAACCAUGCUCCCCAUUAAUACCUCCAAAUCAGUGCUAUCUCUAUGAAGCUAGCCACACAUUGUACACGUAGUAUUUACAUACAGUAUAUAAAGUCACACACAGACGUGUAUUGUAAAACUUACCACACCCUACCUUUCAGUUAAACAUCAGAGUCUACAUCAUCUCGGUAGUCUCACGCUAUAACUUACAUGAUUUCAGAUUAUGGUUCUGAUUGUUACCUUUUAAAUCUUUGGUAUUUUAUUUGUGAUGCUCACUAUAUUCACUUAUAUAGUUUGCCUUUUAGAUCAGGACUAUAAUAAAAUGAUGUCAGUGUGAUUACCCAUGUGAAAUAAUACACCUGAUCAAUAAAUCCUCAGCUAUCUGGUAACCUUGAAAUAAAA